CCCUUGAGGGGGGUUCCACGAGGUCCCCAACAAAAAGGGGAAUAUUUCAUGUUCAGUAUAGUUUCAUCCAUAAGUAACGCAAUGACAGAAUGGCUAUCUUAUCCGAUGGGAUACCCUGACAAAAUCGUUAUCAAAUGAGGGUCCUGAAGUUAACCUAAUUUAGCUAAGUUAGCUAACCCAACUUAGCUAAGUUAGGUUAACUGUUUUUCUGUUAAGACCAUGUCGCGAGACAGUCUUCGAUAACCAGCUAACACAACGCUGCACACUGGUUAAAGAAUGGAUUCAGUGGCGAAAGCUUUGGAAGAAGUCCUCACCUCUGCGUUGCCACAGGGCUGCAUCACAGUCGGAGUCUACGAGGCUGCCAAAUCACUCAAUGUGGACCCUGAUAAUGUGGUCUUGUGCAUCCUCGCCACUGACGACGAAGAUGUGAAAGAUGUGGCACUGCAGAUCCACUUUACCCUAAUUCAGGCUUUCUGCUGUGAGAAUGACAUCAACAUCCUGAGAGUCAACAACACCCGGCGCCUGGCAGAAAUACUGGAGGGAGAAGGGAAACAGAGUGGGGGUGAACCUAUGGACCUCCACUGUGUCCUGGUCACUAGCCCACAUUCCACAUCGUGGAAGGACCCCGCUUUGAGCAAAGUGAACCGAUUCUGCAGGGAGAGCCGCUGUAUGGACCAGUGGGUACCCAUCAUCAACCUGCCCGAACGAUGAACUUUUUAGCUGCUGAAACCUGUGGAAGGACUUGUAUCUGCACAUUAAGAGUGGUGUGAACCCUGAUGGACACAUUACCACCCAGAGAUCAAAUUCCAAAAGUACUGCUGAUGGGGAAAGAACAUUUUGGAGAGAGAGAAAAAAAAAAAAAGACCCCACUGUCUUACGUGGGAUGUAUUUAAAAGAAGACACAAAAAGAGCUGAAGGGGGGAAGGAUUUCCACUUUGGACAGGACUGUUUGGAGUUGCGUCUGUCAGCCUUGGCAACGGAGAUGAGAUGGGCGAGGCAUGUGAAGUUGGACACUGUACAGAAGGAUUAUAUCAUGUAUGUUUGGUAAAAGCCUCUGUGACGAGUCGGAGAAGUGGGGAGAAACCAGAUGUUGAGUGGACCAAGGCCUCGGCCUCUCUCCGCAGAAACAAAGCACUUGUUGAAACACUGGACCUUUUGCAAUUUCACUUAUUUGAUUCCAAAUUGUUAAUGUUGACGUUGCUAUUGUCCUAAUUUAAAAAGGGAAAGGGCUACACAUCCAGUGCAGACAUUCUGUGUAUUUCGUGUUUCCUAUUGCCAGCUGGUUUUCUGCCACGUGUAAAAUAAUUUUGUUACAGUUUAAGUUAUUUCUAAUGAUAUUUAAGUGUAUUUAUGUUUAUUUCUUUUUUUUUUUUUACCUUUAAAUAUUUGCAAAAAUCUGAAUACUUAUGUA